GCGGGGGACUCGUCGCGCGUCUGCGCGGGAUCUAACUGUCCCGAUUGCGGUUGAAGGUCUGCGCUACGCAAAAAUGAGUUCGACGCGUAGUAGGAAUGCGAGGGGGCGCACCGGUAGUAUUGUUGCUGAUUGUCGCGGGGGUAAGCUGAGGAUGAGUCCAUGGUCUCCGUUAACAACCUCGAGGUUGCCAUCGACGUUCAUCCCAGCACGACCACGUUCACACGCCCCUAUCAGCACUUGUCACUGCCGCAUUUGGAAGGCGCGUCUCUUCAUUGUCCACCGCGCCCGCCUCCCGCGACGCGUAUGUCUGUCCGCGAAACACCUCGUUCAUGGACCCUGGACUAGCCAUCAUAGCCGUUUCACUUGCGUUCUUUGUGGUGGGGAGCUACUCCAUCUUCUUCAGCGCCUUCCUUCCCUUGACCGGCAUCUCGGUUCUCGACGCGCUCGCGCUCGACACGCACUACAAAUACCUCGCGGUCCUUCUCAUCCCUACGUCGACCUACUUUGUCAUCGCGAACUGGGUGGGAUGGCAGUACUAUCAGAAUUCAUAAACACUGCUUCGAAGGCGUACUGAGUUUCGGCAUGAUCUUUGCCAUUGACCUCGAAGACAGCCAGACCGUGGUCAUGGUCUCAAGACGGGAAUCGUGUUUCUAUACAGUACGGCAAAUACAGGUACAGGUGCAGUAU